AUGGUAGAACCGGCCUCCGAGGCGGCAGUGACUGUGGCGGCUUCGUUGAAUCCUGAGACUGCCAACUUUCCUACUCAUCUGGGAGGUGCAGGGCGCGAAGCGUCGUCGCCAUGUCAGAGAAGAAGCAGCCGCGACGAGUUCGAGGAGUUUCCUGCCGAAGAUUGGGCUGGCUUAGAUGAAGAUGAAGACGCACAUGUCUGGGAGGAUAAUUGGGAUGAUGACAAUGUAGAGGAUGACUUCUCCAAUCAGUUACGAGCUGAACUAGAGAAACAUGGUUAUAAGAUGGAAACUUCAUAGCAUCCUGAAGAAGUAUUGAAGUAACCUGUACUUGAACUUUUUACUAAAUUCUAGAUCGGAAAACCCAGGAUGGAACACUUAAGAAAAUAUGUUUAUUUCAUUCUCUGCUUGGAUUUAUUUUUGUCUUUGUAACAAAUAAAUAAAUAAGUAAA